GGGGAUAAGGCAUGCCGUCGACAUGAUCCUCAGCCUUGUGUCCGCUCGUCUCGAGUUUCCUCUUCAGGAAACCAUCUGGAUCGUCUAGGUAGGCGAUGGCGUCCAUCGCCAUUGGCACUAGCAAGCCUCGUUCCCGUUGAUUGCGGCGCGGGACGAGACAUCCAACUCUGACUUAUGGGUCUUUGACGCCUCCUCUUGACGCGUUUAGCCGACCUCGACACGAGAAUACAUAUUGGGCCGCUAUUUCCGGGGUGUCUCUGCUUCUGCCCUCUGCAGCAUCAAGUCACACCAGCCUCCACCUCCCACAAAACUCAUGGCCCAUCAUGGGUAAACAGCGAUCUCGAAGUGGAUGUCUAACAUGCCGGACCAGACACGUCAAGUGCGAUGAGAAGCAGCCCGAGUGUGGCAACUGCGCCAAAGGGCACCGGGUUUGCCGGCAAGAGGAUCGUCAGGCCCUCAUCAUACGACGGUACCGGGGACCGGGUCAACGGAACGACGAUGCCAGCUCGCCCUUGAGUCAAAGCUCGGGAGGUCUUUCUUGUGAACAACUCAAGUUUGGGACUGUUGUGAGCCCUGGGAGUGUCGGGUCUUCUCCCCACUUUGACUCACCUCGGCUCCAGACCCUGACGAGCAGAGACGCCCUCCUGGUCCAUCACUAUGCCGUCCAUCUAGGUCGUUGGCUGGACUGCACAGACGCGCUGCAGCAGUUCUCCGUCAAGAUCCCCACGCUGUCGCGGCAGUCGCCCAUUCUGCUCCAAGCUAUCAUCUCUUUUGCCGCCCGGCACGUGGGUGACACCGAGGCGGCCGACUCUGCCCACGAGAAGUGCAUAGCAAUGCUUAUCGUGCGCUUGGGCUCGGAAGAUGUCGCGAACGAUAAUGUGCUCUUGUGCGCCAUUGUAAUCCUGCGUGUCUUUGAACAGCUUUCCGCCGUCCUCACAGGGAGUGAUAAUGAGAGGCAUCUCGCAGGUUGCAACGCACUACUACGGGCAUCUCAAGGUUCCACCCUGGACCUAACUGCCCCGACACUUCGCGAGGCGGCGUUCUGGAUCUAUCUCAGACAGUGUCUACACACCGCAUGCAUCAACCAGCAGCCGCCCCACGUCGACUUUUCCCUGCAACUCCUCCCCAUGCCCUCGGCGAACCAAGGGGGUGACGAAAGUCGCUAUCUGGACAGUACACCACAAGAAGAGACAGCGUGGGCGAACAAGAUCAUCUGGCUCUGCGCUCUCGUGGUGCAGUUCUGCUUCGGCACCCUUGCGGGCGGGACAGACCGGAGCCUAUUCCAUCUCAAUCAAGAUGUGGGCGGGCGCCUUCGCGAUUGGGAGCAGCUCAAGGAGUCGAUCGCGGACUGGGACAGGUCCAAGCCUCCCAAUUUUGAUCCUAUCUGGGAGGGCGAUGAGGGUGGUGAGAACUUGGCAGGGAACCCCUUUCCGACUCUGCUCUUUACGGCCGAUCGACACGUGGUCGCUUUUGGUUUCCACGUCUUGGCAAGUAUGCUGCUUCUCGCGCACAAGCCCAGGCCGAGAUUCGCUGUCCGCAGUACCGGCCAGGCUACUCGGGACGAUGCCGAUGUCGAGUCUGAAAUUCUGCAGUAUGGUCGGAGAUUAUGCGGUUCAUGUUGGAGAGCGCCCUACACGGUGCCCGCGCGGAUAACACUCUGCCACACUGUUUUCGUCUGGGGCGCGCUGAUUAAAGAUGUACGUGAGAGAGAGGGACUGGUCCUCUUGCUACACGAGCUAGAGCGAGAUCAUGCUUGGCCUACUGCUUGGAUCAUAUCCUCCCUGAGGGAUGAGUGGAAUAGCUAGCAUAAGGC